AUGCCCAGCGCUCCCAGCCAGAACCCCGGACGCGACCUCGACGCGACCUCGGACGCCAUCGAUGAUGUGAACGUCAUUAAAGGAAAAAUGUGGAACGAACAAUCAGAGUUCGACGAAGCGAAGGACAAGUCAAAAUUCCGCGACUACGAAGCCGCUUGCGACCGCGUCAAAAACUUUUACAAGGAACAGCACGAAAAACAGACGGUUGCCUUUAACAUCAAGGCGCGCGUCGACUUUAAGAGCCGAAAACGGGCUCGCAUGGGCGUAUGGGAAGCGAUAGAGUUGCUAAAUACAUUGAUUGAUGACUCCGACCCUGAUACCAGCAUGACCCAGAUUGAGCACUUGCUGCAGACAGCUGAAGCUAUUCGACGAGACGGAAAACCCGAGUGGAUGCAGUUGACUGGGCUGUUGCACGACCUUGGGAAAUUGCUGCUACUCUUUGGAUCCGAAGGACAAUGGGACGUCGUUGGUGACACUUUUGUCGUUGGAUGCAAGUUCUCUGACAAGAUCAUCUACCCUGAAACGUUCAAAAACAACCCCGACUACAACGAUGCCGUAUACUCUACUGAAUACGGCAUCUACAAGCCGCACUGUGGCCUUGACAAUGUCAUGCUUUCGUGGGGACACGAUGAGUACCUUUACAACGUCGUCAAGGAUCAAUCCACUCUCCCCGCCGAGGCCCUCGCCAUGAUCCGCUACCACAGUUUCUAUCCAUGGCACAGAGAGGGUGCCUAUGCCCACCUUAUGAACGAAAAGGACCUUCAGGUUCUCGAGGCUGUCAAAGCUUUCAACCCAUAUGACCUCUACAGCAAAAGCGACGAACCUUGCGACGUCGAAAAGCUCCGCCCGUACUACCAAGGUCUCAUCGCCAAAUUCUUCCCCCCCGUCAUCGACUGGUAA